CCUCUCCACGAAUACUGCGUGACGACGCCUUCUUUGGUCCACGAGGAGAGUGAAGAGAAGACACGAGGGUUUUGCUUCGAAAGGGUUUUUCCCCAGUUUCUUCAUUCUCCUGAUUGAUAUCCACGAUGAUGAUGAUGAAUCACCUCGUCCGUAAAAGUUCCUCCACCGCCAUGAGAUCCGUUGGAUACCUCCGGCAAUCUUCCUCCGCCGUAUCAACCGUCCGCCAGUUCACCUCCGCCGGCUAUCCUUCCAACAGCUUUCAGUUAACUCCGCCGGUGAACUGGGGAGUCCGGAUUGUACCGGAGAAGAAAGCAUUUGUGAUUGAGCGAUUCGGGAAAUUCGCCAAGACGUUGCCGUCGGGGAUUCACUUCCUGAUUCCCUUUGUCGAUCGCAUUGCUUAUGUUCAUUCCCUCAAGGAAGAAGCGAUCCCCAUUCCUAAUCAGACUGCGAUUACUAAAGACAAUGUUAGCAUACACAUCGACGGCGUUCUCUAUGUCAAGAUAGUGGAUCCUAAGUUAGCUUCUUAUGGCGUUGAGAGUCCUAUCUAUGCUGUUGUGCAGCUGGCUCAGACCACCAUGCGUAGUGAGCUUGGUAAGAUCACGCUUGAUAAGACCUUUGAGGAAAGAGAUACUCUCAACGAGAAGAUUGUGGAAGCCAUCAAUGUUGCUGCAAGAGACUGGGGUCUUCAGUGUCUUCGUUAUGAGAUAAGGGAUAUUAUGCCCCCUCAUGGAGUGAGGGUUGCUAUGGAGAUGCAAGCCGAAGCUGAACGUAAAAAGAGAGCCCAGAUUCUUGAGUCUGAAGGAGAAAGGCAAGCCCAUAUCAAUAUUGCUGAUGGUAAGAAAAGUUCUGUAAUCUUGGCAUCUGAAGCUGCAAAGAUGGACCAAGUGAAUCGAGCACAAGGUGAGGCUGAAGCAAUACUCGCUAGAGCAGAAGCAACUGCUAGAGGCCUUGCCAUGUUAUCUCAGUCUCUCAAAGAAACUGGGGGAGUAGAGGCUGCGAGUUUGAGAGUUGCAGAGCAAUACAUUCAAGCCUUCAGUAACAUUGCCAAGGAGGGUACGACAAUGUUGCUUCCAAGUACAGCUUCAAAUCCUGCAAGCAUGAUUGCUCAAGCUUUAACAAUGUACAAAAGCCUUGUCAACCAAGGUCCAAAGAGCGAACACCAAGAAACAUCAGCAGUGGAAGGUGACUGGGAAGACAUAGGUGAGAAAGAGAUAUCAGAAGGCUCCAAAAACCAAUCAGGCUCAACAACAUUCGAAACAGAGAAACCAGGUCACACCGGUGGACCAGUAUUUUCUCUUCAGAGUCGCACUAAGGAGCCAUAGUAGCCAGCCAAACAAAGAAUGAGAGAUUUCUAUGUGUGUGCCUGAGAGAACAGAAAAUCCAUCUUUUCCAGUUUUCAAAUAUGAGACACUAUCAUCUUCCCCGUUUGGCAAAUAGGACAUAUCUUAACAUCCAAGUGUUUUCCCACAUGAUUUGGUCUUACCACUUGCUCUAUGAAAGUCUGGUUAUCUGUGACUCA